AUGGAAAAUAAUAUAAUAGAAAAGGACAUUAUUAAAUAUUUUCAAGUUUUACCAGAAAUAGCCAUGAAAUCAGCAUAUAAAUCGAAAUGGACAUGUUCAGAAAUAUUUCGGUUAUUACCUGGGAUGUGUCAAAGUUUGUUAUUAAGAAUUAUUUUUCUAAAGGAAAGAAUCACUAUACAUGAAUUGUAUAAUCAAUUUAAAAUACCAAAUGAAACAAUGGACGAAGUGAUUAAUACAAUCCAUAGCAUUCACAUUAUUGAUAAAGAAGAAGAAAAUGGAAUUUUGUAUAUUAAACUAAAUAAUGACUUUCAGAAUAAUUUUAAAAUGAAUCUUAUAGGAUCAAUGGAACCAGCAUAUAAAAUUAAAGAAGUUAAUGAAAAAGUAUCACAAAUAAUUAAAGAGAAAUGUUAA